AUGGCGGGGUCGUUGAUGCGGUGGUUUGUGGCCGUGGUUUUGGCAUGCGCCCUGUGCGCCGACGCCAAGAUCGAGGUCAAGUACAACCAGCUGCCAGUGGUGGACGCGGCCGUGAGCGUGGAGUUCACGAGCGAGGGGUUCGAGAAACAGCCGCUGGGCAGUCCUGAGGCGGGGUGCCCCUUGAAUGAAGACGGCUCCACCUGCCAGCCCGCGCCCUUCGGAUAUGAUGACGACACGGUGCUGUCGAUUACGUUCUCGCUGGAGGCCGCUCUGGGCAACGACAGCCUGGUGAACACGGCCCUGGGCGACGAGACCUACGACCCGCCCACCAAGGUCUCCCUGCGCGCCUGCUACUCCAAGCCGGACACCAAGCUGCGCAAGUGGCGCAAGAUCAAGGCGGUCGUGGACGACGACAAGCGGUGUGACAGGAAGAUCGUCAAGGCGCUGGACCUGACCGACCAAGCCUGCACGGCCACCUCCUGCACCUACGACUACACACUGCCCUCAGACAUCCCCGCGGCCACGUGGUUCAUCACGGUGCUGUUCCUCUGCCCCAUCAAGGGCUCGGACGACACGCAGUUUUGCGCCGUGGACAGCACUGUGGGCAGCCUCGCGGAGCUCGUGGGCGACGGCGUGACUGAGGACGACCCCGCCAGGUCCAACCCGAUCUACUACUCCACCGAGGUGGUGGACUCUCGGCCGCCGGAGAUGGUUGCAGGCGUCAUCGUCCUGUCGAUCGUCGCCAUCAUCUUCCUGGUGGGCUUCUUCUCUUACGAGAAGCUCGUGAAGAAGAACGCGUGA